CAACAGACAUAAUUCAAAGAAUAGAUUGUCCAACUUGUCGAGGACAAGGACAAAUCUGGAGAAGAGUUGUGUCGUUUGCGCGAGAUUCCCAAAGUUAGCCCAUCUGGUGAGAGCCUGUUGACCUGGCCUUGCUGGUCGGCCGCAGAUACAACCCGGAUAUGCGGUUGGCGCCUAGAUGUUGGUGGUGUGCCACCAACCACCGGGGGCGCUUCGCGCAGGCUCUCUGCGAGGCAGAAAAUGCCAUUCUUGCUGCUUCUAUUUAAAAGUGUCCAGCUGUAGUCUGUGGGCAUUCAGACGUCCUCCGUUUAUUGCCAGCCGAGUCCAGCGAUUCUAGCAAGCACACCUAGUACAGACACAACUUGCCGCUCCAUCAUCCUCCACGGGCGUCAUCAUGUCACGGGCUGCUUCUGUCAGCACAAUCCACGCUGCCAUGCUGCGUGUGAUCAGGAAUAGCCCUGUCAUCUCAAGUCUUGGCGCAGGCGGUCUCGCCCUUCUCGGCCUCCCCGGCAUUGCAUUCAGCGUCAUUAUCGGUAUCAUACACCUCAUCGGGUUUGGCUCCCUCGGUAUCGGUCCCGCGUCUGUGGCGGCCGCCAAGCACGCGGCCAUAGGCAUUGUCGCAGCGGGAAGCUGGUUUGCGACGCUGACGAGCGCAGGGGCGGGCGGAUAUGGAGUAGCUGUAAUCACCUCGAUGGUCAAGCUUCUUGGGGCAUUUCUAGCCAGUUUGGCCGGGGCGAUCGGUAUUUUGCGGUUGUCAAGAGCUUGAAGCGGAUGAAGUAUGAGGCGCGAGUGCCGUGCUAGCGGCGUGGGACUUGGUUGUACAGAGGGCAGCAAGUGGAAUACUGGUGCUUGCAUCGUGAGUGCCUCGAAACAUGAAAACGUCAUAUUGCUUUCAAUGACGCGCGAGACAAGGCUGGACACCCACACUACUUUUUCUUUUUUAGCUGGGACGCCACGCUCGCCAGGACGUCACUUCGCCAUGUUUCACUAUCCCUCAACCCUUGAGUUUUGCCCAAGGGUGCAUCGAGACGGGUAUUAGGCGG